AUGGAGCAAGCUACUACCGAGGUCGCGGCUGAAGAUGUUGGGGUUCUACCAUUUCUGACUUUGGUACCUGUAGCCGAGGUUGUGGCUCCUCCGCCUGGCAACGUUCCAGUUGCUUUUGCCGACGCAGCGUCUGCUUCUCGCAGUGUUGACUCCUUCUCCGCAAGCAUCGAUGAACUCUUCAGAGAUAUUGGAGGGGGCAUCGGUGGCGAGUGUAGUCCGUCAGGACUGAGGUCACAAGACCUGAAGUCAGGGACUCCUUACUUCUCGGGGGAAGUGUCUUUCCUCGGCCUUAGCUUCUUUCGUGCGAAAGUUUACAAGUGUUUACCCUUGGGGGAUAACCCCCAUCUAGGAGGCUUCGCACUUUGGGCCUCUCUGGACCGAGGUUACAAGAUCUGAAGACAAGGCCCCCCUCCUCCUCGGGGGUACUGCCCUUCUUUGGCUUUAUCUUCCCUUGUUAAAAAAUUUACAAAGUGUUUCCCCUUGGGGGAUUUGCCCUACCUUGGAGGCUCCGCCCCUUGGGUCUUUUUGGGGGCAAGUUCGCCUUUUUUUUUUUUCUGAAGCUUUGCCCUCGGGGCCAUACCCCAUCUAGUAGGAAAGAGUCUCGCGGCUCUGCCUCUGGGGCCUUGCCCCUUCUAGGAGGCCAUGUUCUUGUAUUUCUUUGGAGGCAAGAGUCUUAAGACUCCGCCUUUGGGGCCAUGCUCUCUCUAGGAGGCCAUGCUCCUAUAUUUCUUUGGAGUCAAGGGUCUUAAGACUCCGCCUUCGGGGCCAUGCUCCUUCUAAGAGGCCAUACUUCUGUAUUCUUUGGACGCAAGAGUCUUA